CGCCGUAGGCUCGGCGCUGCUACUUCCUGCGCCCGUGGACCCGGAUGCGCCGAGCGGCUGCGGAGCGCUCGAGCCUCCCGGCUGUCCCGACGCGGCGGAGCGCGGCUCGAGGUGCAGGGUGAACGGGACGGCGACAGCGGGGGGAACAUUACAUUGGAUAGAAAAGGGAGGUGAUAAUGCACCAUGGCAGUGGUCCUCAGAAUGUCCAGCAUCAGCUGCAGAGGUCUAGGUCCUUCACUGGGAGUGAAGAGGAACAGCCAGCCCAUCCCAACCUACCCCCAUCUCCUGCAGCACCUUUCGCCCCGUCAGCCAGCCCAUCUGCACCCCAGUCCCCUGGGUACCAGAUACAGCAGCUGAUGAGCAGAAGCCCUGUGGCUGGGCAGAAUGUGAACAUCACCCUGCAGAGUGUCGGCCCAGUCGUGGGAGGAAACCAGCAGAUCACCCUGGCCCCUCUGCCGCUGCCCAGCCCCACCUCUCCGGGUUUUCAGUUCGGUGCGCAGCAGAGGCGUUUUGAGCAUGGCUCUCCAUCAUACAUUCAAGUUACUUCCCCGCUGUCGCAGCAGGUCCAGACCCAAAGCCCCACACAGCCUAGCCCUGGGCCAGGCCAAACCAUGCAGAGUGUGCGUGCAGGUGCCCCAGGCCCUGGGUUGGGCAUCUGCAGCAGCAGCCCCACUGGAGGCUUUGUGGAUGCCAGUGUGCUUGUGAGGCAGAUCAGCCUGAGCCCAUCAAGUGGUGGUCACUUUGUAUUUCAGGAGGCACCAGGUCUGACUCAGAUGGCGCAGGGAGCCCAGGUUCAACUCCAGCAUUCAGGAGCUCCCAUCACGGUCAGAGAACGGAGACUCUCCCAACCUCACGCGCAGUCGGGAGGUACCAUCCACCAUCUGGGGCCUCAGAGCCCUGCAGCUGCAGGAGGCACUGGACUGCAACCUUUGGCCAGCCCAAACCACAUUACUACGGCCAGCCUGCCGCCCCAGAUCAGCAGCAUUAUUCAGGGCCAGUUGAUACAGCAGCAGCAGCAGCAGCAGCAGCAGCAGGUCCUUCAGGGGCAGCCACUGAACAGAUCUCUGGGGUUUGAGAGGACACCAAGUGUGCUGCUCCCUGGCGUUGGGGGGCCGUCAGCAUUUGGGAUGACAUCCCCACCACCACCCACCAGCCCUUCCAGAACCACCAUGCCUCCCGGCCUUUCCAGUGUGCCUCUCACAUCUGUGGGAAGUUCAGGGAUGAAGAAAGCUCCCAAGAAGCUGGAGGAGAUCCCCGCAGCCUCGCAGGAGGUGGCACAGAUGAGGAAGCAGUGCUUGGACUACCACUACAAGGAGAUGGAGGCGCUCAAGGAGGUCUUCAGGGAGUACCUGAUCGAACUGUUCUUCCUGCAGCAUCUUCAGGGGAACAUGAUGGACUUCCUGGCUUUUAAAAGGAAGCACUACGCCCCUUUACAGGCUUAUCUUAGGCAGAAUGACUUGGACAUUGAGGAGGAAGAGGAAGAAGAGGAAGAGGAGGAAGAAAAGUCUGAAGUUAUCAACGAUGAGCACCAAGCUCUGACUGGGAGCCUAGUGGUGGGGGCUGGCAGUGCCACAGAAGCCGACCCCUUUAAGAGGCAACAGGUGAUGCCACCCACAGAGCAGUCUAAGAGACCUCGUCUUGAAGUGGGUCAUCCAGGGGUGGUUUUCCAGCAUCCAGGGGUGAAUGCAGGAGUCCCUCUGCAGCAGUUAAUGCCGACAGUUCAAGGAGGGAUGCCCCCAACUCCUCAGGCCACACAGCUCACUGGACAGAAGCAGAGCCAGCAGCAGUACGACCCUUCUACAGGGCCUCCUGUGCAGAACGCUGCCAGCUUGCAUACGCCACCACCGCAGCUCCCUGCGAGGCUGCCCCCGGCCAGUGUCCCAGCCACAGCCCUCCCUUCCACCUUACAGUUUUCGCAGCAGUCACAGAUGGUGGAGGCACCAACUCAGCUCCAAAUCCCAGUGAAGACUCAACAGCUGAAUGCCCCUAUCCCUGCCCCUUUGCCCAGCCAGCUCCCUGCUCCUUCACAGCCUGCCCAGCCGGCCCUCCACGUUCCGAUGCCCGGGAAGGCACAGAUGCAGACCUCUCAGCUUUCCUCCCAGACCCAGACAGUGGCAUCGACCAGGCCCCCCCUGGACUCUGCCCAGCCCGGCCAGCGUUCUCUGCCCACGUCCUCUUCUUCCUCAUCCCUUGUACCUGUGAGUGGCUCAGGCCCUGGACCCUCGCCUGCUCGUUCUUCACCAGUGAACAGACCCUCUUCUGCUACCAACAAGGCUCUGUCUCCCAUCACUGCCCGGCCUCCAGGGGCGGCAGGGGCGGCUCCCCCCAAGCCACAGAGUCCUGCUCAGAAUGCAGCCUCGUCCCAGGAUGGGUCUCAGGAUAAGCUGACAGAACAAAUAACACUGGAAAACCAGAUCCAUCAACGAAUAGCAGAUUUAAGGAAGGAAGGCUUGUGGUCCCUAAGGCGGCUGCCAAAGCUUCAAGAGGCCCCACGCCCGAAAUCUCAUUGGGACUAUUUGCUGGAAGAGAUGCAGUGGAUGGCCACAGACUUUGCCCAAGAGCGGAGGUGGAAGCUGGCUGCUGCUAAGAAGCUCGUCAGAACUGUAGCCCGGCAUCAUGAGGAAAAGAGGCUCCGUGAGGAGAAAGGGAAGAAGGAAGAGCAGAGCAGACUGAGACGGAUUGCGGCCACCACUGCCAGGGAAAUUGAAUAUUUUUGGUCAAAUAUCGAACAGGUUGUGGAAAUAAAACUACAAGUAGAAUUGGAAGAGAAAAGAAAAAAAGCCUUAAAUUUACAAAAAGUUUCCAGAAGAGGGAAAGAGUCCAGACUAAAGACAUGUGAUGCAUCACCAGAGCACUCUGUGGAUCUAGGACUUUCAGGAAGGAAAAGAAAAGCUAGCACAUCUUUGACUGAUGAUGAAGUGGAAGAUGAAGAAGAGACCAUCGAAGAGGAAGAAGCACUUGAAGGGCCUGUGGACCACCACACAGAGCUUUCUAAUCUGGCUAAAGAAGCUGAAUUGCCCUUAAUUGACUUGAUGAAGCUGUAUGAAGGGGCCUUUCUGCCGACUUUCCAGUGGCCGCAGCCUGAGCCUGGUCAUGAAGAGUCAAGCGGGGAAGAAGAUGUGGAAGACUGUCCUGGCGAUAGGGACAGCCGGAGGGAUGCAGUUCUCAUCGACUCUCUCUUUAUCAUGGACCAGUUUAAAGCUGCAGAGAGAAUGGGCCUGGGGAAAGCCAACACCAAGGACAUCACAGAAGUUACUGCUGUGGCUGAAGCCAUCCUCCCUAAGGGCAGUGCCCGGGUCACAACUUCGGUGAAGUUCAGCGCUCCAUCUUUGCUAUAUGGUGCUCUUCGAGACUAUCAGAAGAUAGGCCUUGACUGGUUGGCCAAGCUGUACCGGAAGAAUCUCAAUGGCAUUUUAGCUGAUGAAGCUGGGCUUGGGAAAACUGUACAGAUCAUUGCUUUUUUUGCUCACCUUGCCUGUAAUGAAGGUAAUUGGGGCCCUCAUCUUGUCGUCAUGAGGAGCUGUAACAUACUCAAGUGGGAACUUGAGUUGAAACGCUGGUGUCCUGGCCUCAAAAUUCUUGCUUAUGUUGGGAGCCACAGAGAACUCAAAGCAAAGAGACAGGAGUGGACGGAGCCCAACAGCUUCCACAUCUGCAUCACGUCCUAUAAGCAGUUCUUCAGAGGCUACACUGCCUUCUCAAGGCUGCACUGGAAGUGCCUUGUCAUUGACGAAAUGCAGCGGGUGAAGGGCAUGACUGAGCGCCACUGGGAAGCUAUCUUCAAGCUGCAGAGCCAGCAGCGCCUGCUCCUGAUUGACGUGCCUCUGCAUAACACUUUCCUGGAGCUCUGGACCAUGGUGCACUUUCUCAUUCCUGGGAUCUCCCGGCCGUACCUGAGCUUCCCUCUGAGAGGCCCCAAUGAGGAGAACCAGGAUUACUAUCACAAGAUGGUCAUAAGAUUACACAGGGUCACACAACCAUUUAUUUUGAGGAGAACCAAGAGAGAUGUGGAGAAACAGCUGACCAGGAAGUAUGAACAUGUUCUGAAGUGCCGCCUUUCCAGUCGGCAGAAGGCCUUGUACGAGGAUGUCAUCCUACAGCCUCGGACACAGGAAGCGCUGAAGAGUGGGCACUUUGUCAGUGUCUUGAGUGUCCUGACGCGCCUGCAGCGGAUCUGCAACCAUCCUGGACUGGUAGAGCCACGGGUACCAGGCUCCUCCUAUGCAGCCGGCUCUCUGCAGUAUCGGUCAGCCUCUCUAGUUCUCAAGGUUCUGGAGAGAGCGUUCUGGAAGGAAACUGAUCUUUCUAUAUUUGAUCUCAUUGGACUAGAAAAUAAAAUCACUCGCCAUGAGGCUGAGUUACUGUGUAAGAAGAGAGUGACCCGGAAACUCAUGGAGGAAGCCUUUGCUUCACCCCCUCCAGCAGCCCGGCCAGCAGCAGUGAAGCUCAAGGCCAGCAGGUUGUUUCAGCCUGUGCAGUACGGCCAGAAGCCUGAGGGCCGCACCGUGGCAUUCCCGAGCACACAUCCGCCUCGGAUGGCAACCACCAGCGCGGCCGCUGCGGCUCCACAGGGCCAGGUUCGAGGACGGCCACCAAUCGCUGCUGCUUUCUCUGCCAAUCCAGAUGCAAAAGCAGCAGCAGCAGCCCCGUUUCAGAACUCUCAGGCUCCCGUCGGUGCGCCUCGACACCAGCCCACCUCGACCUCCAGCACAGCAGCAGGCCCAGCCCAUCCUUCGAGACUGCGGGCUCAGACCGCUGUCCAGGCCUCCACCCCAGGCCCACCCCUGCCCCCGCCCCAGGCCCCCUCGCUGGUGGCCGGGCAGAGCGCACCGCCCCAGCGGCUGGUGCUUACCUCGCAGGCCCAGGCCCGCUUGCCCAGUGGGGAAGUAGUGAAAAUAGCUCAGCUGGCGUCCAUUGCGGGGCCACAGAGCCGUGUUGCCCAGCCAGAGACUCCGGUGACACUGCAGUUCCAGGGGAACAAGUUCACCCUGUCACACAGCCAGCUGCGGCAGCUGACAGCAGGCCAGCCUCUGCAGCUACAAGGUAGUGUACUCCAGAUCGUGUCAGCUCCUGGGCAGCCCUACCUGCGAGCCCCAGGCCCCGUGGUGAUGCAGACCGUGUCUCAGGCAGGCGCUGUGCAUGGCACCCUGGGAAGCAAGCCCCCAACCAGUGGCCCCAGCCCUGCACCCUUGACCCCACAAGUUGGUGUUCCGGGUCGAGUAGCAGUGAGCGCUAUGGCUGUUGGAGAACCUGGGCUGGCUUCCAAACCAGCGUCUCCCGCUGCAGGGCCAACCCAGGAGGAAAAGAGCAGACUUUUGAAGGAACGGCUGGAUCAGAUGCAUUUUAUCAAUGAGCGGCGCUGUUCCCAAGCUCCGGUGUAUGGCAGAGACUUGCUGAGGGUCUGUGCCCAGCCUGGCAGAAGGAAGACACCUUGGUGCUGGUCUUUCAAUAGCUACCUUGGGAAGGAACCUUGGGAAGCAGCAAACUGUUACACGUCACCCUCAAAAAAUAAAGGUGAUCUGAUUUUGACAUUGAGUCAACGUCAAGAAUCUCUUCAAGACGUUGCUGACAGGGUGGCCUGUGUGAUUCCUCCAGUGGUGGCUACACCACCCUCCCUGUGGGUGGCGAGGCCGCCCUCACUGUAUAGCAGCAGGUUGAGAGCUCUGAGGCAGUGCCUGAGAGAGCACACCGGCCCCUACCACCGGCAGCUGCAGCAGCUAACAGCACUGCGCUCACUGCAGUUCCCGGAGCUGAGGCUGGUACAAUAUGACUCAGGGAAGCUAGAAGCUUUAGCAGUACUGCUACAGAAGCUGAAAUCUGAAGGACGCCGGGUGCUGAUUUUGUCUCAGAUGGUUCUGAUGCUGGACAUUUUAGAGAUGUUCCUGAACUUCCAUUACCUCACCUAUGUGCGCGUCGAUGAGCACGCCAACAGAGAACAGCGGCAGGAGCUGAUGAGGAGUUUCAACAGAGACAGGCGGAUUUUCUGUGCCCUUCUAUCCACCCAUAGCCGUGCCACUGGCAUAAACCUUGUUGAAGCUGACACUGUGGUGUUUUAUGACAAUGACCUAAAUCCAGUUAUGGAUGCCAAGGCCCAGGAGUGGUGUGAUAGAAUUGGGAGGUGCAAGGACAUCCACAUAUACAGGCUUGUCAGUGGCAAUUCUAUUGAAGAGAAAUUGUUAAAAAAUGGAACUAAAGAUUUGAUUCGGGAAGUAGCUGCUCAGGGAAAUGACUACUCGAUGGCAUUCUUAACUCAGCGGACUAUUCAGGAGCUGUUUGAAGUUUACUCGCCCAUGGACGAUGCUGGCUUUCCUGUGAAAGCUGAAGAAUUUGUGGUGCUUUCUCAGGAACCGUCUGUCAGUGAAACCAUUGCACCCAAGAUUGCAAGACCUUUCAUAGAGGCCCUCAAGAGCAUUGAGUAUCUUCAGGAAGAUGUGCAGAGGUCCACAGAGGAGGCUGUGCCUGGAUCCAGCACUGUAGUUGUGUCCUCAGACUCUGACGGCUCUAGAUACGACGAGGAGCCAUCACAGCUGGAGGAGCUGGCUGACUUUAUGGAACAGCUUACACCAAUUGAAAAAUACGCAUUGAAUUACUUGGAAUUGUUCCAUACCACCAUUGAACAAGAGAAAGAGAGAAGCAGUGAGGACUUGUUGAUGACGUCAGUGAGGGACUGGGAAUCCCGCAAUGCUAGAGCUCUGCAGGAGAGGGAGGCCCAGCUGCAGCUGGAGCAGGAGGAGGCAGAGCUGCUCACCUACACACGGGAGGACGCCUACAGCAUGGAAUAUGUCUGUGAAGAUGGUGAUGGGCAGGCAGAAGUCAUGCCGCUCUGGACACCACCCACGCCUCCUCAGGAUGACAAUGACAUCUACAUUGAUUCGGUUAUGUGUCUCAUGUAUGAGACCACACCUGUCCCAGAAGCUAAGCUGCCCCCUGUUUAUGUGAGGAAGGAGCGCAGGCGGCACAGGGCGGACCCCUCAGCCGCAGGCCGGAAGAAGAAGCAGCGGCAUGGGGAGGCCGUUGUCCCGCCACGCUCCUUGUUUGACCGCGCGACCCCUGGCAUGCUGAAAAUCCGACGUGAAGGCAAGGAGCAGAAGAAGAACCUGCUGCUGAAGCAGCAGACGCCCUUCGCCAAGCCCCUGCCGACCUAUGUCAAGGCCUCAGGGGAGCCUGCCCAGGACAGCCCCGACUGGCUCAUUGGCGAGGACUGGGCCCUGCUGCAGGCUGUAAAGCAGUUACUGGAGCUGCCCUUGAACCUCACGAUUGUGUCGCCUGCCCACACUCCUAAUUGGGACCUUGUCAGUGAUGUUGUCAACUCCUGCAGCCGAAUCUACCGUUCUUCCAAGCAGUGCCGAAAUCGUUAUGAGAACGUCAUUAUUCCCAGAGAGGAGGGGAAGAGUAAGAACAACCGUCCGCUCCGCACCAGCCAGAUUUAUGCUCAGGAUGAGAACGCUACUCACACCCAGUUGUACACAAGCCACUUUGACCUGAUGAAAAUGACAGCUGGCAAGCGAAGCCCGCCAAUCAAGCCUCUGCUUGGCAUGAACCCCUUUCAGAAGAACCCCAAACAUGCCUCUGUGCUGGCAGAAAGUGGAAUCAACUAUGACAAGCCGCUGCCUCCCAUUCAAGUUGCAUCUCUCCGUGCGGAACGAAUUGCAAAAGAGAAAAAGGCUUUGGCUGAUCAGCAGAAGGCACAGCAGCCACCGGUGACACAGCCACCUCCUCAGCAGCAGCCUCAGCAGCAGCAGCAACAGCAGCAGCAGCAGCAGCAGCAACAGCAGCAGCAGCAGCAGCAGCAGCAGCCUCCACCACCUCCACAGCAGCCACCACCACCACUGCCCCAGCCACAGACAGCAGGCAGCCAGCCACCAGCAGGGCAGCCUGUUGUCCAGCCCCAGGUCCAGGCCCAGCCACAGCCUGUGCAGGCACAGUCAAAGGGGCAGCCCACAAUGACAACUGUGGGCAGUGCUGCUGUGCUGGCAGGAACCAUUAAGACAUCAGUCACUGGAACAAGCAUCCCAACAGGCACCGUGAGUGGGAAUGUCAUUGUGAACACAAUAGCCGGCGUUCCUGCUGCCACCUUUCAGUCCAUUAACAAGCGUCUAGCGUCACCUGUGGCUCCUGGAGCUUUGACUACGUCUGGAGGUUCUGCUUCUGCUCAAGUGGUCCACACCCAGCAACGAGCAGUGGGUUCCCCAGCCACUGCCACCACUGACCUGGUGUCCAUGACAACAACUCAAGGUGUUCGAGCAGUCACUUCCGUGACAGCCUCAGCUGUCGUCACUACCAACCUGACUCCAGUGCAGACCCCAACCCGGUCUUUAGUAACCCAGGUGUCCCAAGCUACAGGGGUUCAGCUUCCUGGAAAAACCAUCACCCCUGCUGCUCACUUCCAGCUUCUGAGGCAGCAGCAGCAGCAGCAACAGCAACAGCAGCAGCAGCAGCAGCAGCAGCAACAGCAGCAGCAGCAGCAGCAGCAGCAGACCUCCCAGGUGCAAGUUCCACAGCUGCAGGGCCAGGCCCAGUCUCCUGCACAGAUGAAAGCUGUGGGCAAGCUGGCACCGGAACAUAUUAUCAAGAUGCAGAAACAGAAGAUGCAGCUGCCACCACAGCCCCCACCACCACAGGCCCAGCCAGGGCCCCCACAGCAGCCGGCCCAAGUGCAGGUGCAGCCCCCACAGCCCCCACAGCAGCAGCAAAAUCCUCAGCUCACCACAGUCACAGCCCCACGGCCUGGGGCUUUGCUCACAGGUACCACGGUGGCCAACCUCCAAGUGGCCCGGCUUACCCGAGUCCCUACUUCUCAGCUGCAGGCACAAGGGCAGAUGCAAACGCAGACGCCCCAGCCUGCUCAGGUGGCCUUGGCAAAGCCUCCGGUGGUGUCUGUCCCAGCAGCUGUGGUCUCCUCGCCGGGGGUCACGACCCUGCCUAUGAACGUUGCAGGGAUCAGCGUGGCAAUUGGACAGCCACAAAAAACAGCAGGGCAGACUGUCGUGGCCCAACCUGUGCAUGUCCAGCAGCUGCUGAAGCUCAAGCAGCAGGCUGUCCAGCAGCAGAAGGCCAUCCAGCCUCAAGUGGCCCAGGGCCAGGCUGCCGUCCAGCAGAAGCUAACCACCCAACAGAUCACUGCUCAGGGCCCACAGCAGAAGGUUGCCUAUGCUGCUCAGCCAGCCCUGAAAACUCAGUUUCUGACCACACCCAUCUCCCAGGCCCAGAAACUGGCUGGGACUCAGCAGGUGCAGACUCAGAUCCAAGUUGCAAAACUUCCUCAAGUUGUGCAGCAACAGACACCUGUGGCCAGCAUCCAGCAGGUCGCAGCAGCUUCUCAGCAGGCUUCUCCACAGACAGUGACGCUCACACAGGCGACAGCAGCAGGGCAACAGGUGCAGAUGAUCCCAACGGUGACCGCAACAGCCCAGGUGGUGCAGCAGAAGCUCAUCCAGCAGCAGGUGGUGACGACAGCCUCCGCCUCACUGCAGGCCCCUGGUGGCCCAAGCCCAGCACAGCUGCCAACCAGCUCGGACAGCCCAAGCCAGCAGCCCAAGUUGCAGAUGAGAGUGCCUGCUGUGAGGUUGAAGACACCCACCAAGCCUCCCUGCCAGUAGGAAGGAAACUGGUUGGUGGUGUGGCAAGGCUGUCUUGGCAGAAUGCUAGUGUUUCUGGACUCUGGGAUCUGCUGCCUGGGAUGGCCACACAGUUGCUUUACUUUC